AUGAAAUUAGGAUAUAAUGAAAUAAUGAUAACAUCAAUGUACUUUGAUGAUAUUGAAGAUUUUAUUAAUUUAGAAAUGGGAGUUAAAAGAUUUCAAGGAAAUGUGGAACGAUUUCAUUUUAAUCCAAUUCCUUUAAAUUAUUGUUCAAGAAAAUUAUUUACUAAUAUUGAAACAUUUCAUAUUUAUAAUAGAAGUGAUGAAAUAUUUAAUGAUGGAAAAAUAUUUAAAAAAGUAAUAUGGUAUUUAGUAAGUUAUUCAACAUAUUUACAAGAAAAAGAACAAGGAAAUAUCUGUAAAAAUAUAGUAUAUACACAAUAUGAUAGAAAAUUAUAUGGAAAUACAAUACCAUCAGAAGUUAAAUCACUUGGAGAUUAUUGUUUUAAAGAUUGUUAUGAACUAACAACAAUUAAUAUACCAUCAACAAUUAUUAAAUUAGGAGAUAAUUGUUUUGAUGCAUGUAAAUCAUUAAAAUCAAUUACUAUACCAACAACAAUUAGUAAAAUAGGAAAUGAUUGUUUUGAAGAAUGUUAUUCAUUAAAAUCAAUUAAUAUACCAUCAUCAAUAAGUAAAAUAGGAUUUGAUUGUUUUGAUGGAUGUACAUCAUUAACAUCAAUGAACAUAGAAAAUCUACAAUUUAUUAGUAAAAAAAGAAUAUUUAUGAAUGAACCAGUGUUAAUUAGUAUUGAAAUACCAGAUAAUAUACAAAUAAUCAAUGGAAAGAAUAUUGAAAAGAAAGAUAUUAAUAAAUUUAUUAUUCCAUCUUCAAUUACUAAAUUAGGUGAUUAUUGUUUUAGUUAUUAUCCAUCAUUAACAUUAAUUAAUAUACCAUCAUCAAUCAUUGAAUUAGGAUAUGGUUGUUUUUAUGAAUGUUCAUCAUUAAAAUCAAUUAAUAUACAAUCAUCUGUUAGUAAAUUAGGAAAUUAUUGUUUUUCUAGAUGUACGUCAUUAAAAUCAAUUAAUAUUUCUUCAUCAAUUACUAAAUUAGGAUAUGAUUGUUUUGAAGGAUGUAGAUCAUUAACAUCAAUUAAUAUACCAUCAUCUAUUAUUAAAAUAGGAAAAUGUUGUUUUAGAAGAUGUAAAUCAUUAAAAUCAAUUAAUAUACCAUCAUCAAUUAAAGAAAUAGGAAACAGUUGUUUUUAUCAAUGUUCAUCAUUAAUAUCAAUUGAUAUACCAUCAUCAAUUACAUUAUUUGGAGAUGGAUGUUUUUAUGAGUGUGACUGUGAAGAAGAAUUAAAAAAGAAUGAAAGAAUACCAACAGAUUGUUUUAAAUGA